AUGGCGGACGGUACGAAUAAUGAUGGUGAUUUCUCUAAGCAACAUAAGAUUGAAAACGACAAGGAGGAAGCCGGGAAACCGAAGGUUGCGAUCGAACACUUCGACAGCAAUCAAGAAGCCGUCAAGAAGAAGCUGAAUGAGUUGCCAAGUGAGAUCGAUGACGAUCGCAAAAAUCAUGAUAUUCAAGUUGAAGAAACUGGACAGAAAAUGUACGAAGGGAUGAAUGAAAGCGAAAUGGAAGAUGAUGUGCAGAAGCAUUUGAAUCAUUUUUGGAUUGAUCAUCACUUGUAUCUGUUGCAAUCGUCAUCCGACGAUGGUAGCGAUCUUGAUCUUGGAAAUUCUGAGAAUGACGAGGAUUUGAACAUAAAGAAACAGUCCGAUCAAGAAAAUCAAGGAACAAUAGCAAACGCUGAAUUCACAGAUCAAGAUCGCAAUGACAAAGUUGAAGAUGAAAUUCCCGAAGAAAAUUCAAAACUCCGUCCCAUUGUUGAGACAUUAGACCAGCAGAUAUCCCAAUUUAAGAGAUUAGCUAGAGGACACAAAAAAUUAUGUAACGAUGAUGAUUCUGAUGACGAAGAAGUGUUGAGGAAGAUUUUGGGACUGAAAGGUGAUAGUAAACUGGAACACUUGGAUAACAAGUCGAAAGAUACUGAUCAGUUCAACGAUGUUACUCAUCCUGAUUUUUACACAAAUAUUGAAGGACUGGAAGAACAAAUGUACGAAUUGAUGAGAGAAUUUAAAGAAGAUGAAGAGAAAGAAAAACAAGGUCGUUUGAACAAGCUAAAUGUAAAGCAGAAAGUGUCGAAUCAACCUGAGGACGGCAUAGAUUGUGUUGAUUUUGCUGAAAUUCAUGGACUCGAAUUCGACAAAAGCAAAGAAGAAUUCAAAGGGAAAGAAGAGGAUGUGACGAAAGGGGAGUUAGAUCGGAAGCAGAAAAAGGCGUUGGAUCAAGUAUAUGAGGCCUUGGAAUUGAUAUUAGGUGAGCUUGACACUGAGAUCCCUCGCCUGCAAGUUCAUCUUGCCCGGUUGAGGCAACAAGUGGUGGAAAUAUUUCAGCAGUUGGAAUUCGAAUUUGAAAAAGCUGAAGCAGAGGAAUUCCGAUAUGGAAAUGGAGGAACCAGCUGA